AUGUCCGGUGCACGCCACUGGGAGCAGGACAAGGACUCAACCAUCUAUAUCGGCAAUCUCGACGAGCGAGUGACCGACGCUCUUGUCUGGGAACUUUUCCUCCAAUCAGGCCGCAUCGCCAACGUCCAUCUGCCUAAAGACCGAGUCACGCAAUCCCACCAAGGCUAUGGCUUCGUCGAAUUCACCUCCGAGGAGGAUGCCGAUUAUGCAGCGAGAAUUAUGAACCAAGUCCGCCUAUUCGGCAAGCCGAUUCGUGUCAACAAGGCGUCAGCAGACAAGUCGAAGACUGUAGAGGUCGGCGCCGAACUGUUCGUUGGAAACCUUGAUCCCAUGGUCAACGAACAAGUGCUAUAUGAUACAUUUGGGCGCUUUGGCACACUCAUCGCUCCGCCAAAGAUCGCGCGUGACGAGUCGAAUCUGUCCAAGGGCUACGGCUUCGUCUCCUACGGGAACUUCGAGGCCUCCGACGAUGCGAUUGCAAACAUGCAUGGGCAGUAUCUCAUGAACAAGGAGAUCUCAGUACAGUACGCGUACAAGAAAGACGGCAAGGGCGAACGUCACGGCGACCAAGCAGAGCGCAUGCUCGCAGCACAAGCCAAAGCGCACGGCGUUCAACCCACACCUGCCACGAUCCCUAUGGCCGGCCCACCACAAGCAAUGUUUGGAGGUCCUGUCCAGCCCCCAGCCGGCUUCAACAUGCCAGUCGGCAUGACAAAUGGCUACCAUGGUGUCCCACCACCCCAACAAGCGCCGCCGCCUCGAGCACCUCCCACGCCCAGCACGCCUCUCUCUGCUCCUCCGUCAGGUCUACCUGCUCGACCACCGCCCAGCCAGGCAGGCUAUGGAGGCCCUCAAGGCUUCGUGCCAGGCUUUGGAGUCCCUCAGCCGCCGCCCGGCUUUGCUCCACCACAAGGUGCACCUCCGCCAAAUAUGGCUGUUCCCUUUGCACCGCCUCCUGGAUUCGGUCCGCCGACUGGCGCAAUGCCACCUGGGCGGCCUGGACAGGUACCCCCACCACCUCCUGGAUUUCAAGGCUUCGGGUUGCGGAAAUGA